AUGGCCAAACAAGUGCCGGUGCCAUCUCUAGCUCUGCUGAGGAGCUUGAGGUCCGCUGAAUUGCCGCGACAAUGCUUGCGAGCGCCCGUUCAAUCAUGCGGAAGAGGUAUGAAAAUACGCACCCCCGAAGAAGAUGUGGAACAUAAGAAGUCUUUUCGUGCCCAGCUCUACGAAUCGAUGGCCGAUCGUGUGAAUAGGGAAAGAGCGGAGGAGACCAGGUAUCGGGACAGUGAGCCCAUGACAGCAUUCGGGAAGAACUUCUCCAUUGCCUUCACCACUGCUAGCAUUGCCUUUCUGGCUUGGCUAGCAGGAGGCUCCAUGCCUUACGAGAAGAACCUGAAGUCUACAUUAUCGGUCGACGAAGCCGAGCCGCUGUCUCGGACAAAUUACAAUACGCCAAUCAACCUGCAGAAUGCUUGGAUUGAUCUGUGCCUGAUAUUAGGAGAAGGGAACGUCAGUGAAGCAGAGGACGAGAGAAUAUCGCACUCAGGAAGCGACUGGAGCUCGUACGUCACUCAGAAAGACGAGCUGCCAAGCAUCGUUGUAUAUCCGAGCACGACAGAGGAUGUGAGCAAGAUCAUGAAGAUGUGCCACCGCAGGUACUUGCCAGUGACAGCUUACUCGGGAGGGACUAGCCUCGAGGGGCAUUUCGCUGCCACGAGGGGCGGCAUAUGCAUCGAUUUUUCAAAAAUGGACAAGAUACUACAGCUACACAAAGAGGAUCUAGACGUUGAGGUACAGCCAGCCGUUGGUUGGGAGCAAUUGAAUGAAGAGCUUGGGCAGCAUGGCCUUUUCUUCCCGCCUGAUCCUGGUCCAGGUGCGAUGAUUGGUGGAAUGGUUGGUACUGGCUGCUCUGGAACGAACGCAUAUCGGUAUGGGACAAUGAAAGAAUGGGUCUUGAAUUUGACGGUGGUGUUGGUCGAUGGGACUAUCAUAAAAACUCGACGCAGGCCGCGGAAAAGUAGCGCCGGCUACGAUCUUACUCGUACGUUCAUUGGAAGCGAAGGGACGCUCGGGCUUGUUACUGAAGCGACACUGAAACUUACCGUCAAGCCCAAGAGCGAGAGUGUGGCGGUCAUGUCUUUUGGCAGUAUUCGCGAUGCCGCAAAGUGUGUCUCGAAAGUGGUCGGGGAAGGUGUUCCAAUAGCUGCGGUUGAACUUUUGGAUGAUAAACAAAUGGAAUGUAUCAACGAUGCUGGCUCGACAAGCCGUCAAUGGAAGGUUGCGCCUACUCUGUUCUUCAAAUUUGGAGGGACGCCGAACGCCGUGAAAGAGCAAAUUGACAUCGUCAAGAGACUCGCCAAGACGCAAGGCAGCAAAAGCUUCGAUUUUGCGAAGAACAAGGACGAAGCAGAUGAGCUAUGGAGUGCGAGAAAGGAAGCUUUGUGGAGCGUCAUGGCUAAGAGACGAGACGACAGUGACCAUGUAUGGACGACUGAUGUUGCUGUACCAAUCAGCCGGCUCCCUGAUAUCGUAGAAGAAACAAAGGCGGAUAUGACGAAGAACGGCAUAUUGGGCACAAUAGUUGGUCAUGUAGGUGAUGGGAACUUCCACGCAAUUAUCUUGUUCAACGACAAGGAGCGAAAGACUGUUGAAGACGUUGUACAUCGAAUGGUAGACCGUGCGAUCGAGAUGGAUGGUACAGCAACUGGAGAACAUGGAGUAGGGAUAGUCAAACGAGACCAUCUGCCUCAUGAGCUUGGCCAGUCAACAGUCGACGCCAUGAGAAAGCUAAAGUGGGCGUUUGAUCCUUUGUGCCUGCUGAAUUGCGACAAGAUAUUUAGAGCAGAGAAGCCGAAGAAGGAUAAAGCUAAGCAGUGGAUGCAAGGCGACUCACUGUUGGCUAAGAGUACGGAGUGA